AUGACAACUGGUCUUGCAGACCAAAUUGCGUCUGAUGAAUUCGAUGCUAUUCACAAAUCGCGAGAGUGGGUAGCUUCACUUCAGGCCCGUGCCCCCUCGGUGCCUGGGUUGAUCGAGCCCCUGCCACCGAGAUACCCCAUUGAGGAUGUGCUAUCAAUUAUCAACCCGGAUAUUCGAAAGCCGUUUGAUAUGGACGAGGUCUUGUUGCGUAUCGUGGAUGAUUCCCGUCUCUCGGUCUUCAAACCCAAAUACGGCCUAAAUAUGGUCACUGCGUCAGCUUAUAUUAUGGGCUUCCCUAUUGGUAUCAUUACGAACCAGCUCUCCGUCAUAAAUCCCAACGAAGCGGCGAAAGUUACGCAGUUCAUUCGCACCUGCAAUUAG